AGUGCGACGCCGUCACUUACUGCGCUUGUGUGAUGGUGUCACCCCCUCACAGGCAGUGGCUUGUCCCCAGACUGAGCCUAAGAGGUAGGGAGCGGGGCGGGUGGGGGCUUAAGUGGGAAUAACUCGAGCAAAUGUUCACGGUCGGAUCCAGGAGGAAGAGGAGAAGGGGGGUGCGGGAUGCUAUAGCAUUUAAGGAAAAAGAAAAGAAUCGCAGUUACAAUACUGUAUAAUUCGAGCGAAGUGUGUGGAGGAUCGGGGAGUGAGCGGCUGCAGCAGAUCUUCGUCCAAGCGGCAUUUGAUUUCCUGGAAAUUACACUGUGUGGGCGGAGUCGCCAGCUGAUAUUUAGUUGCAUGGAAGUCGUGUAGGCGGAAGAGGAUUCCAAAACAUUGCACCUACAACAGUCGAUGUUAAAAAGAUUUAAAAUGACCGAACUCCACAAAGAAAACUUGAAAUUAUGGCGACGUUACAUCACUAGUAUCCUUCGCCCUACAUACAUUCACGGAUUCCUCACGACUUUCUUUUCUCCAGUUGAUACUGAGCAGAUUUUAUCAUUGGAAGAAAAAUCAGUCAUAAAGUCUGCAGAGCUCUUUCUUGAGUGUCUGCUUAAAUUGGAAGAGCAAGGAUGGUAUCGAGCAUUUUUAGAUGAACUACGAGAAGCAGGUUACACUGGACUACAGCAAGCUAUUGAAAAUGCUGACUUCACUGAAAUUGCAAAACUGGAGGAGCCUAAAAAAUUACUGGACCGCAUCUUGCCAUCAAUUGUUUCUAAUAUAAGACCGUGUGAAGUUAUUCAUUUUAUGCCAACAUGUCUCCGACCCAGAGAAUGUGAAGAAAUUGAACAGAUUUCAAAACGCAAAGGUUCCACGGCUGGAGCACAGAAACUGCUUGAUUGUUUACAAAGGUCUGACAAACAAAACUUUUUCAAGGAAUUUCGCCUGGCUUUGGAGAGGUGCAACUGUGAUGCAGUGACCUUGCUCUUGUCUCCAGAUUCAGUUGAGAUGAAAACAAUUGAGGAAAACAGUAGCAAUUCUAUGAGCAAUGAUGUGGAAAUGCAUUAUUCAGAAGAGGCAGAAAGCAUGAACACUUGCAGUGCAGUAGUCAGCAAUACAGAAAAGUUUCAACAAAACUCAGCAGCUCUGGAGAAUUUACGAUUGAGAGACUAUCAAAUCGAGCUGGCAGAACACGUAGUUGAUGGCGACAACACAAUCAUUUGCGCUCCUACAGGAUGUGGAAAAACCAUCGUCGCCCUCUACAUCAGUGAGGAUCACCUUAACAAAGCUCCCAAGGGUGUGAAAAGGAAAGUUGUCUUCAUGGCUACCACAGUUCCUGUCUACGAACAACAAUACGACUUGUUCCAGAAACACUUCCAGAAAACUAGCUACGAGGUGUGUGGACUGUGUGGUGAUACAGCGGACAGCUCUCCAGUGCAAAUGUUGGUUGAGAGAAACGAUAUCAUCGUCUUGACACCACAGAUUCUGCUGAAUUGUCUCAAAGAUAAACGAAUUCCAUCCUUGUCCCUAUUUACACUGUUGAUUUUUGAUGAAUGCCACAACACAACGAAAAACCACCCAUACAAUGUUUUAAUGAAGAUGUACAUCGAUCUCAAGUUGGGCACAAAGACAAGCAGUUUACCCCAGAUUGUCGGAUUGACAGCAUCACUUGGAGUUGGUGAUGCUAGCUCAUUCAACGAUGCAGUGAAUUAUAUUCUCCAAAUUUGUGCCAAUCUUGAUGCCGAAUCCAUAUCAACUGUACAAAAGAAUGUGGCAGAACUGAAUAAAUAUGUCUUUGUUCCAAAAAAACAUACUCGCCACACUGCCAGGCGUAAAAAGGAUCAAUUUGCAGACAUUAUCUCUCAGAUGAUGUCUCAAAUUGAAGCAAUGGCCAGGAACGUUUACAACAUUGGUAACCUUUCGCACAUCCAGAAUCGAAACUAUGGGACACAAAAGUUCGAGCAAUGGAUUAUUGAAGUGCAGAAAAAGUGCAAAGUCCUCCAAAUGGAUGACGUAGAAGAGGAAAGACGGAUCUGUCGGGCGCUUUUCACUUACACUGAGCACUUACGGAAAUACAAUGAUGCUUUGAUUAUCAAUGAUGAUGCCCGAACCAAAGAUGCUGUUGACUAUCUGGAGGAAUUUUUUAAUAAUGUGAAGGAGGGUGGAUAUGACGAGACCGAACAAAAGCUCACUGCGUUAUUUGAAGAUAAGAAACAGCAGCUGUUAGAAAUCGAUGCUGAUCCAAGCAAUGAGAAUCCCAAGCUGACUGAAGUGAAGAGCAUUCUGAAAGAAGAAUAUAAAAACAAUCCAGAAACCAAAACUAUCCUGUUUGUCAGAACCAGAGCACUUGCAGAUGCUUUGAGGAAGUGGCUAUUAGAGUGUCAGGCAUUGGCAUUCUUACAACCUGAAAUGUUGUUGGGAAGAUCCAAAAAUACAGGAAUGACUCUGCCCUUGCAAAAAGAAGUACUGACUUCAUUUAAAGGCAACAGUGGAACCAAAAUCCUUGUAGCAACAUCUGUUGCUGAUGAGGGAAUUGACAUAGCUCAGUGUAACCUCGUACUGUUGUACGAGUAUGUCGGUAAUGUUAUAAAGAUGAUUCAAACAAGAGGUCGUGGAAGAGCACAAAAUAGCAAGUGCAUUCUUAUUACCAGCAAAAGAGAGCAGGUUGAGAAAGACAUGCAUCAUUUUUUACAAGAGGAGAUGAUGUACAAAGCUAUUUGUGAAGUGCAACAGUUGGGACAGGCAGCCUUAGUCGAAAAGAUUAAUACCAUUCAAUUAAAUGAAAAGAGGAGGAGAGAAGUAGUUGAUAGUGUUCCAAAUAGAGAGAGACCAGAUGUCACUUGCCAGUUACUUUGUGGAAGAUGCAAACUGUAUGCAUGCAACUCUGAUGACAUAAGAGUCAUAGAGGAAUGUCAUCACACAGUUAUCGACAACUCUUUCCAGGAGCGCUAUUCAACUCAACCUCACAAGAAGCCAAAAGCCUUCAAUAAUUUUCAGAAAAGGCAAAAAUUGCACUGUAGAAACUGCAAGCAUGAUUGGGGAAUCACUGCAAACUACAAGGAGUUCAUUGAUCUCCCAAUAAUUAAAAUUGAGAGCUUUAUUCUUCAGGAUGUUACAACAUCUAAACAAAUCCCUGUGAGUAAGUGGAAGAACAUCCCAUUUUCAGUUAAGCUUUUUGAUGCCACAGAAAUGACCAAUAAAUAAUUGGUUGAGGAUAGUAGAAAGAGAGAGAGAGAAUCUCUUAUGAAAAUUCCUUUAGUCAAAGACAUUCCACAGUAAAACAAAAUGCUGAAACUACAUAGUAGCUUCAAGCAACAGAAUUAAAAAAAAAAUCACAUUUAAGUUGUAAAACUGUUCUGCUAAAUUAAAUUAAUUCUUUCAGCAUUGACAAUUUGCUGUUCUAUAUUUAACCACUUUGUUUUAGAACCAAUUUGGAUAUUCAUUAUACAAACAUUUCUUGCCCAUGUACUUCUUUCAGAAUCACCGUAAGCAUUAAUUCCCUUCUCUAGAGCUACACAUCAAUAAACAGAAAACCUACACUUCUAGAACAUGAACAUGUAACAGUUAGAAUAUUCAGUAAUUUUGUCAAAAUCUAUUUGAAUGUGACUUACCAUUGACCAGCACAGAAAAUGUUUCCACUCGUCAAUGCCUCUAAUGAUAGAUAUUUAAUCAAAGGAUAAUUAUUUAAAAAUCCAGUAAGAACUUUCCAUAGUUAUUAGAAUGUUGCCACACAGUGAAUUUGAGGCAAAUAACAAGAGCAAUCAAGACGAAACUAAACAUAAUAAGGAGACAGGAAUAAAGGAAUGUGCUGAUAGUUUAAGAUGAAGGUGGUUAGGAAGAAGCUCAUGGGGCACAUCAAUAUAGUCACUGACCAGUGGGGUCUGUAUCUGUGUACUUUACAUAAAGUUGUUCAGUGCUUCGAAUUUAAGCAAAUGGUGUUUAAAAUCAAUUGCAAUUAUUAUUAUAUGCAUUAACUUAACUUUCAUUUAAUAAUUAAAACAAACUGGAUUAAUCAUCAAUACUGCAUUUUACCUUUGUGAGAUUAGUAAUUAAAAGAAUUGCUGUCAAUUAAAA